AUGAAGACUCGACGCAUCGUUGGUCCGCUGGAUCAGCGCAAAAGGCUAACCCGCUGCCAGUCAUGCGCAAGACGGCGUAUCAAGUGUGAAGGGGGUACCCCCUGCGAGUAUUGCGUCCGCAUGAAGAAGAACUGUCAGCCUCAAGCCGCUACAGUCUCCGAGCUGAAAUUUGUCAGCCAUUCAGUGGUGCCUCAACAUACAAGCAACCUCCAGCCGCAAAUAAGCGACAAGCCCGACAGCGUUUACUUGAAGACAUUUUUCUUGUUUCUUCAACGUUGUGAAUUCACACCUGAGUUUGCAAAUCUUGGUUCUGAAUUUCUGCCUCUUAUCCAAACGUGUGCACCACUACGAGAGGCAACAGUCGCAAUUGGCGCCUUGGAAAUCAGCAGGUCCCCAAGUACAAGGUCUUCCGAUGAGCUUCGAUCGCCAUACCACUUUGCAUUGAAGUCAUAUAGCAAGGCACUUACCAGCCUUCAGCAUUACAUCCAAUCACCACACGCAAUACAUUGCCAAGGUGUUCUUUGGUGCACAUUACUUCUUGGCUUAUUUGAGCUGAUGAUCGAAGUCUCUGGUGGCCAGUGGGCUAGACAUAUGCUCUAUGGUACUUCAAAAAUACUUGAGCUCUCCGGCACUGACAGUCGUUCUGAUUAUGUCGGCUGUCAGUCGUUUGAGACAUUCAGGUUGUUGGAGGGCAAUCGAGCGAUUCUCUACGGUGAAGAUACCGUACUAUCCGACUAUUCGCGUAUGGGCCAACUUGAUGUGAUGACAUCAAACCCAUUAGACGAAAUUCUCAACUUUAUUAUCAAAAUGUCUUCAUUCAUUUCUUCGAUCGAAUUGAGUCAGUUCCAGAAGAUCAGCGACGCAAUCAUCCAGAUCUAG